CCUUCUCCUUUCACUUUCGUUGUUUCAUCUCAUCGCUCUAUCGAAUCGAUCCAAUCCGCCGCCGAAAUCGUCCAGGUCAAGUGUUUUUUCUUUGCGCUUCAUCGAGUAGUGUUUUAUUCGUCAAUUGCAUUUUUUCCGAUUGAUUCUGUGUUAUUAUUUCUCGGUAGUUCGUCGUUGGAAGCAGAAAUUUUGAUUUUUGGAGAUGGCGUCGCCGGUUAUGGCUUCCAACCCUGCGAUUUUUGGAGCAAAGAAGGAAUUUGGCUUUGCGCCGUGCUCUUCGCCUUCGAUUAUGAGGCAUCGUCUCCCAAGGCGCGCGUUGAACAAAGUCCUUGCAGUUGUGGCGCCGGCCCGAUCUCCCGGAGCUCCCUCGGCCAGCGGUUCAGUUAAGCAUGCAAUGACGAUGACGGAGAAGAUCCUUGCACGAGUAUCAGAGAAGUCGCAUUUGGAACCUGGAGAGAAUGUUUGGGUGAAUGUUGAUGUCUUGAUGACUCAUGAUGUCGGUGGCCCCGGGACAAUUGGGAUCUUUAAGAAAGAAUUUGGUCAGAAUGCACGGGUUUGGGAUCAUGAAAAGAUUGUUAUAAUACCAGAUCACUACAUAUUUACUAGUGACGAGCGUGCAAACAGAAAUGUGGAUAUCUUGAGGGACUUUUGUUUGGAGCAGAAUAUUAAAUAUUUUUAUGAUAUCAAAGGUCUCAGUAACUUUAAGGCUAAUCCAGAUUAUAAGGGUGUGUGUCAUAUUGCACUUGCACAAGAGGGUCAUUGCAGGCCCGGAGAGGUUUUACUCGGCACAGACUCCCACACAUGUAAUGCUGGUGCUUUUGGGCAAUUCGCUACUGGAAUUGGUAAUACUGAUGCAGGUUUUGUGAUGGGAACUGGAAAACUUCUAUUGAAGGUUCCUCCUACUUUGAGGUUUGUACUGGAUGGAGAAAUGCCAAACUACUUACUUGCCAAGGAUUUGAUUCUACAAAUAAUUGGUGAAAUAACUGUUGCUGGUGCAACAUAUAAAUCAAUGGAAUUUGUUGGUUCUACUAUCCAAGGACUAAAUAUGGAAGAGAGAAUGACAUUGUGCAAUAUGGCUGUUGAAGCUGGUGGUAAGAACGGGGUUGUCCCUGCUGAUGAAGUUACAUUCAAGUAUCUCGAGGAUAAAACUUCCGAGAACUAUGAACCAGUGUACAGUGAUGACAAUGCCAGAUUUAUUGGAGAAUAUAGAAUUGAUGUCUCCAAGGUGGAACCGUUGGUUGCAAAGCCACAUUCUCCUGACAAUCGUGCUUUAGCAAGAGAAUGCAAGGAUGUGAAAAUUGAUAGAGUCUACAUAGGCUCUUGCACAGGGGGAAAGACAGAGGACUUCUUAGCUGCAGCUAAAGUGUUCCUAGCUUCAGGGAAAAAGGUUAAAGUUCCAACGUUCCUUGUUCCUGCCACACAAAAGGUAUGGAUGGACAUUUAUAGCCUCCCUGUACCUGGAUCUGGGGGGAAGACUUGUUCUCAGAUAUUUGAGGAGGCUGGUUGUGAUACUCCAACUAGUCCCAGUUGUGGAGCUUGCUUGGGUGGUCCUCGAGAUACAUAUGCACGGAUGAAUGAGCCACAGAUUUGCGUAUCCACCACAAACAGAAAUUUCCCCGGCAGGAUGGGCCAUAAGGAAGGGCAGAUAUACCUAGCUUCGCCGUAUACUGCUGCAUCUUCAGCUUUGACUGGAUACGUUGCUGAUCCUAGAGAUUUUCUCAUGUAGAAGGGGAAAAAUAUCAGUGUCUGUCAAAUGUCUUCACAGAGAAUUAGUUUCAGAUUAUAUUUUGCUUUGACUCCUAUUUAACUUCUUGUUUAACAUUAGAGUUUCUGAGGUCUACUAGAAGAAUAAGCUUUUAUUAUUCUUAAUUGACUUUAGUUUUUGGUCUUGGCUUGUGAGAAGUCUUAUGUUUCAUGAGGAUUUCAAAGAAAUUUGUAGGUUUAUGUUGCUAAA